UAUAAUUUGUUGAGGUAAUGUAAUUUUAGAGAAUAAAGGUAUUUUAUCAAAUUUAACAUAAUUUCUAAUUCCUUCUUUAGUUUAUACAAUGUGAACACAUAAGCGCAGAGCAUUAGAAUUCUAAAAUGGCGCCGGAAAUUUCAAAAACCCAUGAAACAGUUCGGAGCUCCGAAGAUCAAGAUUCGGAUUCCGAGUUGGAGAAGUUAGAGCAUGAAUUGAAGAAAAUGGCGCACAAGAUUCAAGAAUACCGAGAAACUCUUCCGGAUCAGCUCAAAUCCACGCUCAUUUCGGUUCUCGAUGAUCAAAGACCCCUUCUUCCUCAAAUCAAUCCAUUUGCUUUGGAGCAAAACAUAUCCAGUGAGGAAAAUCCAGAGACUGCUGAGAAACUAAAGUUACUUAAUGAAAAGAUCUCAAGCAAUCGCUCUGCCGCUCCAAUAGUUUUGAAAAGGAUGAAAGAUUGCAUUGCCAAAUUUGAGAAGUUAGAUUCUGCAAACAUACUUCCAGGCUUCAAAAGGAAGUAGACUGGAUAAAGUCUUUGCAAAAUUGCUAUGACGAGGAAGAUAUGAUGUCCCAUGUUUACGGAAGAAUUUAAAAUUUGAGAUAUACCAAAAUGCAUGGUUUUUAAGGUGGCAUUUAGCUGGAACAAGUUGAUUUUUGCCCAUUACGGUGAAGUUGUAUUUUUCACCAUUGAUUUGAUAAUAUUAAUAUUUAACGGCCAAGAUUUUUUACCAA